AUGUCAAUCCUUGUAGGACACCAGACGGUGUCCUACAAGGCCCACCUCGUCAACCAGGAGGGAAUGCCAACAAGGUUCUACAACCUUGCUGGCCAUGAGGUUUCCCUCCUGUUUAAGGAAUGGCAGGCCAAGAUAGACAAGACCAAAGGAGGAUUAGAUCCGUUCUCAAAAGGAUAUGAGAAAUUCGGAUUGAUUGCCCAAGCGGAUCGAUCAAUCUUAUAUUGCAAAUGGGCUCCAGGCGCUCAAAAUGCCAGUCUGAUUGGCGACUUCAAUAAUUGGGACCGGGAGGCUAACCCAAUGAAAAAGGAUCAGUUUGGGGUUUUGUCAGCCUAUGUGAUGCCAAGACACGUGUCCUCUAGCUACACAAGGUGCAAAAGUAAGAGUUUUUAUGGCAAAAACUCUGGGAUAGAACUGGUACAGGUAAUUCAAAAGAAUUACGUGAAAUUUAUGGAUUUAAAUCAAAAAGUGGCCAAUUUAUAUUAA